AUGAAGUUGAAUUGUUUCUCGAGGAAUUCGGAGAGAAGUAUGUACGAAUUGUCGAGUGAUGAGAUGCAAGCAGUCAGAGAUUCAUGGAAAAGAGCCAAAGAACGAGAAAUUGGAAAGCAUAUUCUUCAAGCUCUCAUAGAAAGGAAGCCACAAUUCAAAGAUUACUUUGGGAUACAUGUUGACGAGAAGAACGAUGACGUCUUCAGUUGUCGGGAAUUCAUGUUACAGUCACAUCGAAUCCAGAACUUUUUGGAUACGGCGGUUUCGUCUCUCGGGUUUUGUCCAAUUGGAAAUAUUCAUCAGAUGGCAUAUCGCAUCGGGCAGAUUCAUUUUUAUAGAGGUGUAAACUUUGGUGCAGACAACUGGUUGACAUUCAAAAAGGUUACUGUAGAAAGUGUGACUCAAGACGGUGGAAGUUCUGAAACUGCUACAUUUGCUUUCCUCACAGUUUGUAUCACAAACAUUUUACUGGUUGCGGGAGUCCGUCUGAAGAGAUAUAUCUUCCUAAUCCCCUAUUUCACUGUAUGCGUUCUAUUCAUUUUCAUCCUAAUUCUCCAUCUUUUCGUCGAUUUCCUCGACACAGCAAACUCGAAAAACACCGUUGAAAUUCAGCCAAUCCUUCAUAAUACUGUUUUGUUAUUCAUGAUCUGUUUUGAAGUAUACAUGCUUUCUGUCGUCUGGCGUGCUUUCGUCUACAUUUGCGAUUUCAAUAUGCAGCGACAAAUUGAGAAGAUUGUGAAGAAAAAAUCGAUGGUCAAAAGAUCGUUCGACAUUGAAUACGAUCUGGUGCGAAAUGAAAUAAUCCGCGCGGAAGUGAAAGCGAAUGAAGAGUUCGUUUAG